GAUAUGAAAUGUCACCUGUCAAUUACAUAAUUAGAGGUUAACCUGGAUUUUUCAUAUUGAAGAAGUAAAAUAGAAUCCACAAACAUGUCUGCUGCUCCUAGUAGUAGAAUAGUAGCGCUAUGGAAAAGAGGCUGGCACGAAAUACCUGAAAUAAUGGGAAGUUCCAUAAUGGGAUUGAUGGGAAUCGGAAUGACGGUUGCUUCGGUUUACUACUACUAUGCCAAAGAUGGAGACAACCGAAGGUACAAAGAAAGAUACACAGUAUACAGACACGACGACCCCAGAGUAGCUAGGAUCAGGAAGGAUUGAAAUCGAGUUUACAUGUAGUACCAAUUUAUUAAAAAGUGAUACAAAUAAAUACAACAAGGUCUGGUAA